AUACAGUGUAUACUUUUUUUCUGCCUAUUCCUUCCUUAUGGAAAAAAAACCCAUCCAAACGUGGCAAUACGUAUAUGAAAUAGCGAGGCGAAGUGAGGUUUUAAACAAGUCCAUGUUGAAAUAUGUGAAUCAAGUAAUUAAUCUUCUUGAGGCAAUUGAGGGGGAAUACGAAGAAAUGGUAAGAACUUCUGGACAACAAAACUCUCAGCUUCGUUUGACCCUAAAAAAACAUUAUAGAGCCAUUUUCUGAAGCAUAAAACUGCACUUGAUGGUCCACCGUGAUACUACUACGACAACAGUGGAUGCAGCUGGGGAGCUCCACGAGAUGGCCAGGUGGAGGACAUUAGUCGAUUAUUCUCCCGACAAAAUGGCAGAAGACCCAGACGUAAGAAGAGUCAUUGACCCUGGAAGUAAAAUUUUGGAUAUCGUAAAUGUCAUAGCAAACAGUAAAGACGUUCCGGAAGGAAGCAAGGAACAUGCCACUAUAGUAGUGGAAAUAAUAAGAGAUUUUUUACAGCAUCUUGGUGAAAGAAAUGUAUUUAAACCGCUAGCUUUAGCAGUGGUUUCACGUAAUGACGAAGAGAGUUAUGUUGGCGCGUCGAUUGCAGUGAGUAAUUUUCUACGGCCUCUCCAUCUGCAUAAAAGAAUUGCUGAUUUCAAAAAGCCGAGUCUCAGAAAAGCAGUCAUAUUCAAUAAGCCUUUAAUAACAACAGAUACACAAAACUGGAGUUCGAAAGCAAGAAAGCGCGAUGGCACCUACAAACCUCCAUGUACAAAUUGCCGAAACACUUUCAAACAUUUAAGGGGCUUCAUACGUAAUACAGAGCAGGGAGAUGGCAACAGGGGAACAUUCCUCGGGGCAUGUGCCGAGUUCUGUCCUGUUGACAAACUUCUUCAAGAUAAGACAAAUGAUGAUCAAGAAAUAUAUCGUCGUCUUCAGGUGAAUUCGGAGCUAAGUUCACAACUAUACAGGGAGUUUAAUUCAAUUGCAAGACAAUGCCAACAUGCUAUUGAAAGUGUAAGAACGGCACACAAAGAAAUACAAGAAACCGUUCACAUUUUUGGUUUUAAGCCAGAAUGUAAGUUUCCUAAGUAGGAUCUGGCCUUAAUACAUAGCGCAGGUGAAAAAAAACAUUGGACUAGGCCUUAGUUUUAAAUGGUUCCUGGAACACUGUCUACUUCUCUGUGGAAGGUACGCUCUGAAUAUCUAGAACAUCUGAAUAUCUGCGAUAUCUAGAACUCAGUCUGUCACCUCUUUACUAGGGUAGUAAUGGGUGGAGAAGGAUUUGAAAAGUUUGUAAAAGUUCGUUUUUGCUCAAAUCCUCAAAGUUGGUAUCAAUCACCUGUUUCGCAUUGAUAUCACACCGAGAAAAUAAGGUUUUCGCUAAGUCUUUCAAGAAAAAGUCUGAUGAAUUCGCCUUUUUCUACUAAUAUUAUCGAGCGCAUGAUAAAAGCAAAAAUGCUAGCAUCGACAUCUGGAAAGUUUCAGUUAUUUGACGGUUCAUGAUUCAAAGAGCAAAGAACUUUCUCUUUGCAUUUCUGGACAGUUGAGACCAUUGGGCCAGUCUGAAUUGUAGUCGACGUUACGGGAAAAUUCAGUGAUUUUCCGUGUAGUUGUUUAAGCAUAUUUGUUCGUUGUUUUCGCUACUCUGGCCGUUCUAAAUUCAUGCGAGUUUCUUUCAUUAUGAUGUUUUAAAAAAGAUAAAAAGCCACAGUAGUUUUGGAAUAAUAAACUUAAGUUGUACAACUGCAUCUCGGUAAUUUUUUUGUUCAUUACUAGUGAAAUUUUAGGCAAAUAUAAGUGUUAGUGGUCUUUCUGGCAAAAAUUGGUUCUCACGGUACUUGACAGCUCAGUUCAUACUCGUAAUUUCAAUUUCCUUUCAUACAGUCAAACUUAACACCAACCUUGCAUAGAUAAGCAGAAACUUUUAAUUGCUUUUCAACCUUAUUUUCUUUUGUAAUUACGAUAUUUAUAUAUUCAAUAUCAAAGCUGUUAGUUCUCACCUAAGCUUCCUAUUUUUGGUGGCCUAGAGUUUAUUGAAUCAAUAAACGACAUAUGAGUAUUUAAAUGGAAAUAAUUAACUUCAGAGAGACGUUUUCCGCUCUUUUGUACUCUUAUUCAAUUAUAGUUAACAAUAGAGGAA